AUGGGGUCGCUCCAGCCUGGUUACAAGCCUAGCCUGGUGUUGAUAUUUGCCUCUCUCGGCGAUAUCCACGCCGAGAGAUAUCACAAAACGAAGCGAAAGGCCGAUCUGGACGAGGCGAUUUGGGCGACACGACUAGCGCUCAGUAUCUCCUCCGCCGACCAUCCCCUCACAACUACCCUCCUGAACAAUCUCGGCAACGGUCUUUGGCGACGCUACCGAUCCGCAAGCCAGGAGGAUGACUUGCACCAGGCGCUGUAUUAUAGCCUGCAGGCGGUCGACUCGCUUUCGUGGGAAGAUUCCAACCUAGCCGACGUGUUAGGCACCCUGGGAGCCAUCCGUGCCAGUCUGUACGAUUGUCGAGGCGAUUUUCAAGACCUGCAAGAGGCCAUAUCAAUUACGCGCAGGUCGAUCGAUAUCGCGACCCAGUGCGCGCGAACCGCCCCUGUGAUCAUUUUCAACAACCUAGGCGUAUACCUGUGGACACAGUAUCGUCUCACUGACCACAGGGAAGAUUUGGAUGACUCGAUUUCCACAUUGGUCAAGGCCGUCAAGUUUCCGACUGAAAACACCGUCGAAAGGGUGACUUGUUUGAUCAACUCCGGGUAUGUCCUGACCCAGCGAUACCACCGCACUGGGCAACUGCAGGACUUGAGCUGCGCUUUGGAGCAUGCUCAGGAGGCCGUGCGUCUGGAUCCACAGAAUGGAGAUUUAACCACUUUGCUGAAAUUUCUGGACCGUUUCAUCGACCAGCAUCGCGAGCCUAUAUCAUCAGUGCACUGCUCUGAAAGCCGGUGGAAUCUGAAUCGCUUCUCGGGCAAGAUUUUAAUGGCGUUGUUUGUUUUAAUAUUGAUUGCCACAAUUUAUGCAUAUCAUCCCAGAGUGGAGCUUUUGCUCUCCAUAGUGGCUUUCCCGAGUGGUAUUAUUUACCAUUGGCUGGUAAGUCGGAGACCUAAUACAGAACCGAGGAUCUCUAAGCAGUAUCAUUUCAUGCCGAUUUUAUCGCUGAGAGAGCAUAUCGGUACCUUGGGCAAGUCUAAAGAAUUUACCCCAAAGGUAUUAGAAGUGCCGUUAAUACCGGUGCCAUCUGUUUCCUCACUCCGUGGAAUCCAGACUUCGAAUUUCUCCGCGUAUACUUCGGCUUUGUACCAUCAACGACGGCAAUCAAUUCACCCCGUGAAGACCGGCCUGGUGGGUGAAAGCCGCUUUCUUACUGAUCGUCAUAGAGCCAAAGAGGAAAAGGUGCAUAAGACAAAGUAUCGUGGCCACCGGCUCAUGUCUCUUCCUCGCCUGAGUCAUGAUGAAAUACCAACUAUCAGCGCUAAGACACCGGGUGUCUCUGGCAAAUGCGAAUCCCCAAAGAAUUCUGUUCCCUCGGUUUUGCAAAUCGCCAGACUGCCAGCUGAGGUUCAGCUUUCGCGGAAUGAAAUGGGCUCCGCCUACAGACAGCCAGAAACUCACGUAGUAGGUUUCUAA